AUGGAUCCAGGGGAUAGCAUGUACCAGUCAGUGAGACCCAAGAGACAAGCACGACCCCCUCCUUGGUUACAAGACUAUGAAGUUGGUUAUGAGCCAGAUCAGCCAAUAGAUGCAGCGCCAUAUCGCCGAGAACCCAGCCCUCCUCUCGCACGAAGCUUCGACGGGGAUGCUGCUCACACUGAGACGCCUCAGCUCGCCCCGAGUCGCUUCCGGAGGACCUCCAGAGAAUGGGACCACCAGCCCUCCCCUGUUCCUUUCACCUCUUACUCCUCUCCAUACCAUGAACAGAGUCAUCACAUGGAGAUUCGAGCUGUACAAGAGGAAAACGCUAAGUUACUCCAAUCUCAACAGCUGUUCCAGUCUGGUCUUCAUGAACUGACCAAAGCCCGGACCGAGAUGAAAGAGUUAAUAGAGGCUGCACGUCUACUGAAAACUGAAAUGCUCAAUUCACGUCCCGUGUACAGUCCAGUCAAACCGUUGCGGCACCCCAGCAGUGCAGCUCCAGUCACUUACCUCCCCCCUCAAGCAGAGUACCAGGGGGACUGCGAAUGGCCUGAUCCUCCACCUUGGCCCGAGCCUGAAGACAGUUACCAGCCUCAUGACCCGGCGUGGCCUCCACCCCCUCCCCCACAUCCUUACUUAACCACUAAGCCAAGCUGGAACCUGCAACCCGCUGUUAGGACACCGCCACUCAGCCAGCCUCUUACUCGUACAGCGCCACCUCGUGUAGCUGAGCCCCUCUACAGAGGCCCUCAACCCACAAUACCUAAGUUUAUAAACCCAGAUCCUAGUGAGUUUGCUAGACUUCGCAUAGCUUUAGAGAACCUGCUCCCAGCUAACACAACCGAACUGUUCAGAUAUCAGAUACUAGUUGACCAUCUGAGGCUAGAAGAAGCUAGGCUUAUAGCAGAUGCUUAUUUAAACUCCUCCACCCCAUACACAGACACCAUGGCAGCUCUCCAUGAAAAGUUUGGCCAACCCCAUCAACUAGCUCUCCGAAAGAUAGCUAGCGUCCUUGAGGCCCCCGAAGUGCGAAGGGGGGACACAGCUGCUUUCCAGAAGUUCUCCCUGCAGAUUCAGUCUUUAGUUGGCCUCCUGCAGACCCUGGGCCCCGAGGGAGAUGUUGAGCUGAACUGUGGCUCACAUGUUGCACGUCUGUUAGAGUGGCUCCGUCAUGAAUCCUGGUGUCAAGGUUUUGAUAGUCAGGUCACAAUAAAGACUGGUAGAGAGAAGUUAUGGCCUAGAAGUGACAGUCGGGCCCCAAAGCAGACGGUCUCAGUCUUCCAUGGUGCAGAGGAGCCAGUCCAGACCGCUAAAACAAGCCAUGGAAAAGUUAAGAACAAAGCUUACUGUGCAUUCUGCGAGGGCAAUGACCACCACCUUAGUCAGUGUAGUGACCUGGCCAAACUCUCCAAAGAGCAGCUCAAAGAAUGGAUCCAGGUCAACAAGCGCUGCUGGCGCUGUGCACGAGCCCACCUUGCGGCACAAUGCACCCUAAAGAAACCGUGUAGCCUAUGCAAUGGGAAGCACCUCCAGGCUCUCCACGAGAUAAAUAUCAGAACAGAGAACCCAGCGGUAACAAAGCAAGAAAAUAGACUCACCAGUUCCGCUUCCAAUGCCCUUUACCUAGACAGAUCAGGUACAGGUAACAGAGCCCUGCUGAAGAUUGCCCCUAUCCUUGUCCAUUACGGUGGCUGCACUAUAAACUCCUUCGCCAUCCUAGAUGAUGGGUCUGAAAGGUCCAUGCUGCUACCUGCAGCAGCCAAGGCGCUCGGCAUGAAGGGCACACCCGAAGACCUUCCACUGCGCACAACGUCGGACACCUGGCCAGAAACACCCAGUACCCAACCACAGGAGGACACCACAGAGUUCCGGAAGUCGGUCUUCUGUGCCCUGGCCGUCACAGCAGGAACAGUUCAAGAAGUUUACAAGAGCUGGCAAGAGCUCAUUGAAGCCAAAGCUAGUAGCACCUGCGGACAAGCCCCCACCGCCGACGAGUACCAGCAAGCAGAAACGGCUGCGCUUCUGCAAAUGCAACAAGAGUCCUUUCCUGAAGACCAAAGAGGACAGGUGUCAUCGGCCCUUCCCCAGGGGCGGACCAUCCACUUCACAACAUCCAACACGGCGACUUCGUCUGUAAGGAACUUCAGCCAAGGACUGGAGAUCACCAUCGCUGGCUUGGCCCAAUUCCAAGUUCUCUCGUCACUCACACGCUGUUGA